GCUAAGUUCCUCAUGGCAAUAAUCUCAUUAAUAAAAGGAUCGGAUGUCUUUGCGUCGGAAAUCUUGUGAAACUUGCUUUCGUGCAAAGCGAAAGUGUGACCUUGAGUUCCCAAGGUGCAGACGGUGUCAAAGGACAGGGAAAGAUUGUCAUUAUGUGCGUAAACCCGCGGCAGCUACGGAUUUUGAUAGUGACGACAAAAACACCGAGAACGCGAAUUACUCUCGAGGAGGAGUAUGCACACCAUAUCUGCCGAGUUUUCUUGGGCCUUUAGGCGAGAUCAGACCUAUCAUUGGCCAAAGUCGGAGCUGGUCCUGGACCGUACAACAGUUCAAAAACCUACCGGCACAGUUCGCCAACAAUCUCGAAAAUAUAUUCAUACGGAAGGAUUUGAGGACAAUGUCAUACGCAGCACUACGUACAGCCUUCGCUCUGUGUGCAGCCCAUACAGCUACGGUGGAUAGCAAAGAGAGCACGUCGGUACGAAGAGUCAUCGAUGUCGAAGUAGCGCAUCUCCUGGCGUCUUCGUCGAAUGACACACUUCUACAAGACCUUGCCAACCUACAGGCUCUCGUUCUUUACCAGAUACUGCGGUUGCUGCAUGGAAAUAUCGACGAAAGAAUAACGGCGGAGCGACAAGAAGAGGUGAUGCAGACCCUCUGCACCCGCCUUCUCACUCGUGCUGAGAGUGAAAUUGGGCCAUUACAGGCCACAUGGGAAGCAUGGGUUGUGGCGGAAAAUAUCAGACGCACCGUCAUGUUGAGCUACUGCGUUUAUUGCGUAUACUGGCUGGAUCAAAUCGGCUGCUGCCCUUUCUUUCCCACGUUAAAGGAGUUGCCCGUCUCGACUCGUCCAGAGCUGUGGCAAUCGGAAGGUUCAUCAUUUCUGCCGCAGCAAGACAUCCCAUUGACAUACGAAGAUUUUAGCAUGGUCUGGGCCGCUGCACCUCGCAGAAAGCUCAGCCCUUUUGAGAAGAUGAUUCUAGUGCCUUGUAAGGGACUUGACCAGGUAGAAAUGUACAGCUCAGAAGCUUAGAAGUUCCGCGGCAUAUUUCUUCCCUAACACAAAAUGUCUGAUGCAACGAAUCUACGGUCCUCACGAGGCUGGAAUUUUAUGUUAUAAUGUCUAGGUCAUUGUUAAGGGUCAGCUUCGAGACAUGUUGCACAGCUAGCACACAAACGUAUGGGUCCUCAGGAUCCUGCACAUUUGCUUGGUAUAUUGAAAGUGAUAGUUCUGCAUCUAAAUGCUUUGGGAUCGUCUCGCCACCAUUCUUCUCAAAUGGGUUACGGUGCGGUCAAAAGUGGAUACAUCUGCACGUGGGCUGCGGGAUUGGUCAUUGAACUCGGCUGAUUCAGCCUUGUAGUCCACCGUUGUUUAGACCUGCCAAUCUACAUGUAAUCCAUUCAUUUUCCCCUACAAGUAUAAAUUGAGUAAUGGAGAUCCU